AUGGAUAUGCUAAGGUCAUUAUUUGUUUUUGACAUGCCACGUGUUGUAAUCAUUCGUCAACCAGUACUGGCAAUGAUACAUCGUUUAAUUCAACUUUUUAUACUUUCAUAUUUCAUUAUUUAUGUGAUGUGGUUAAACAGAGGUUAUCAAUCAUUUGAUAGUCCAAUUAGCGGUGUAGCAGCUAAAGUAAAAGGUAUAGCCUGGAAGCAUCUGUCUAAGCAUCUAAAUCAUGACACUAACGGCAUAAUUGUACUGGAUAGUGCAGACUAUCAAGUACAACCAUCACCGAAUGCUGCUUUUUACUUGAUAACAAGAAUUAAACACUCUGUUGUACAAAAUAUGACAACAUGUAGCAAAGGUGAUCACCUACAUGAUGCAAAGUGCUUAGAAGACUAUCAAUGUCCAGAAGGUUAUCAAGCUGAUCAUCAAAUUUAUGAUUCAGAUCGUAUUAAUGAGGAAAAGAUUUUCGUUGCGUCAGAUGAAAGUGCACACGGAGUAUUUACAGGGAAAUGUUUAAAAGAUCGUGGGAAAUGUGAAAUAUUUGGUUGGUGUCCAACUGAAGAUGACUAUGAGCACGAGCUACGCAAAGAACGUAAUGUAAAGAGAAUUCUAACUCAACCAAUAAACAUUUUAGAAGAAUAUUAUGGUUAUUUUACAGAUUUAGAAUUUCUAGAUGCUAAAAAUCGAAUUAACGGUCGUACACCAUACUCUGAUGAUCCAUUUUUCGAAGUUGUUAAUUUCACAGUUCUUAUCAAGAAUAAUAUAGAAUUUCCUGCUUUCAAAACGAAACGACGUAACAUUUUACCAUGGAUGACAAAAAGUUAUCUGAACGAUUGUUUGUAUAAUCCAGAACAUACAAUUUAUCAGUUUUGUCCCAAGUUCCGUAUAGGUGAUAUAUUUAAAUUUGCUGGAGUUAGUGAAAAUGGCAUGUUGAAAUAUGGUGGAGUUAUAGCAAUCACGAUUAAUUGGCACUGUGAUUUAGAUUGGCCUAUUGAUUACUGCUUACCAAAGUAUGAAUUUUUAGCACUCGAGAGUGUUCAAAAACCACAGAGAGUUAAUGUGAAAAAUAAAACUUAUCGUCAGAAGGAUAAUCAUGUCAGAUCUUCGUCAUUAGUGUCAAACAAAACUGACAUCCCAGAGAUGACAUUUGAUUACUCUUAUAUGACACAUAAAUUAAAUAGUGA